AUGGAUCCCAUGUCUCCCCACAACGUGACCAAAUUUGUUCUUCUGGGACUCACACAGAAUCCACAUUUGCAGAAAAUACUCUUCACUGUCUUUUUGUUCAUUUUGCUAUUCACAGUGCUGGCCAACCUGCUAAUUGUCAUCACCAUCUCCCUCAGCCCCACACUUUCUGCCCCUAUGUACUUCUUCCUUACUCACUUAUCCUUCCUAGAUGCCUCCUUGACCUCUGUCACCACGCCCAAAUUGAUAAUUGAUCUGCUGUACCAGAGGACAACCAUCUCCUGGGGUGCCUGCCUGACUCAGCUGUUUAUGGAACAUUUCCUGGCGGGAUCAGAGGUCACCAUCCUCAUUGUCAUGGCCUAUGACCGCUACGUGGCCAUCUGCAAGCCUCUGCGCUACACGACCAUCAUGCGACAGGGGCUCUGCCGGCUCCUGGUGGUGGUGGUCUGGACUGGGGGGAUCCUGCAUGCCACUGUGCAGAUUCUUUUCACCAUGGACUUGAUCUUCUGUGGUCCCAAUGUCAUUGACCACUUCAUGUGUGAUUUUUUCUCACUGUUGGAACUUGCGUGCAAUAGUACCUAUAGGCUUGGAAUUGUGGUGGCAGCUAACACAGGGGGGAUGUGCUUGCUUAUUUUUUCCAUGCUGCUCGUCUCCUACGCAGUCAUCCUGAGCUCCCUGAAAUCCCAUGGCUCUGAAGGACGACGUAAAGCCCUCUCUACAUGUGCUGCCCACUUCACAGUAGUGGUAAUGUCUUUUGUCCCUUGCAUAUUCACCUACACGCGUCCUGUGGCUGUGUACCCUACAGACAAGUGGGUGACUGUGUUCUUUGCAAUCCUCACUCCUAUGUUUAAUCCUAUCAUUUAUACAGUGAGAAACAUAGAGGUGAAAACUGCCAUAAGGAAUUUGUUGAAGAGAGGAGUAAUUUAG